CCAGGGAGUUCGAGUUGAAGGGCCCGGGGGUCUGCGCCUCUGACUGCUCUGAGCUACUUCCCCAUUGGCUCUGAGCAGCGUGCGCUGAGCAAGGUCUGAGUGACAGGAGGAGGCUCUAGUCCAUAAAAGGGGGGCCGAGGCACCAGAACUGCCAUUCUAAGGGGCUUUGGCUGUGCGCACAGCUGCCUCUUUGGCACCUCCUUCUGAGCCGGAGUCAAGAUAACCCCUGAGCCUUGGACCAGUCACCUGCUGCCACCACCCUCCGACCUGCUGGGCCUGAAGCUGCCCAGGGACAAAGAGGAACACAGCAGGAAGAGCCAAGACAGAAUGGUGUGGCAAGGGCUGGUACUGGCUGCUUGCCUGCUCGCACUCCCCUCUGUCUCAGCGGACUGCCCGGCCCAGUGCUCCUUGUGUGCUGUGAAGACACAGGAUGAGCCCCAACCCAUCAACCCCCUGGUUUGCUCCCUGGAAUGCCAGGCUGCCCUGCAGCCUGCUCAGGAGUGGGAGAGGUGCCAGGGCCUUCUGUCUUUCCUCACUCCCUUCACUGUUGGGCUCAAUGGCAAGGAAGACUUGGAAAGCAAGGCAGUUUUGGAAGAGUCCAGCAGUGAGCCGGCCAAGCACAUCAGGCCCUACUUGAAGGAACUAGAACAAAACAGAUUCCUUCUCAGCACCCCAGCAGAGGAGAACGCUCUAAGCAGCAGCCUGGCAGAGAAGCUCAGGGGUCUCUCUGGCAGGCUGGGGGAGGGUGCAGAGUCUGAGUUGAAUGGGGAUGCUCAGCUGAACGAUGGUGCCCUGGAGGCUGGAGCGCGGAAUUCUGAUGAGGAGGAACCCAAGGAGCAGGUCAAACGCUAUGGGGGCUUUUUGCGCAAAUACCCCAAGAGGAGCUCAGAGGUGACUGGGCAGGGAGCUGGGGAAGGGGAGGGGGAUGAGGUGGGCCAUGAGGACCUGUACAAGCGCUACGGGGGAUUCUUACGGCGCAUCCGUCCCAAGCUCAAGUGGGACAAUCAGAAGCGCUACGGUGGCUUCCUCCGGCGUCAGUUCAAGGUGGUCACUCGGUCUCAGGAAGACCCCAGCGCCUAUUACGAAGAGCUUUUUGAUGAGUAAACACCUCCACAUCAUGGAGUUGAGUCAGGAGCUUCCCAUAAUGCCCUGGAGAUUGGAGUGAACUCAUUCAUCCGCCCCUAUGGUCCCCAUCCCCAUGCUCAGUUCAGCAUUGUCUACAAGACUUCCAAACCUAGUCUGCCUCUCUUCUGCCCAGAUGCCGUGUUUGUCCAGGUCAGUGAGGGGGGAGGAGGGAGGUUUCCCUCUCCAGUAGGCUUAGUGCUUGCCUUCAACCCUACAUCUGUAAAACUACCAGCAGCAGCAGCUUUGCUAUCAAUUCACUUUAUAUGACUCCCCCGUCCCAGGAAUCCAGACUGACCUCUUGAUCCCUCUGGAUCUAUGAUCAAGUAUUCUGAUCAAUGCCCCUCAGAAGAAAAAUGAACAUUCCCCCUCCCCAUGCAGAUAUAUAUAUAUAUAUAUAUAUAAAAUAAAACAUAUAAAAGGUAGAAAUUUAAAACAAAAUAGAUAUAUAAAAAUCCUAACAGUUUAUUCUCAAACCUCAAAAGCUCUCCCUACUAUAGAGACCACGCUUUAGGCAAAAAGCUCAAACACUGCUUUUUAUUGGAGCAGGAAUUUCUACACUACAGAGUUCAGUCUCCCAGUGGGUUAAACGUUCAGUCAGUGUACUCUGAGUUCGUGCUGUUUAGAAACACACCUUUUGAAGAACCUGGUUCCUGGACUCCAGUCCAUGUUGAUACCCUGGACAGCACCCAACUUCUCACAGGAGAGGACGGGAGUGAAAAAUCUCUUUCCAAAAUGGUUAAUGAGAGCCACUCGCCUUCUGAAUGCUGAAACAAUCAAGCAGGAGUGAGGCAAACUGAUUUGUUCUGUGCAACAGAUUCAAAAUGUGGACCAGUUCCCUCAGCCCUCAUUAAACUAAUUAAACUGAUCGGUAUCACACUCCAACCCCAGGAUGAACUGAUGCUGAGUCAAGUUGAUGAGGUUAAGCACAGCCAUGUUCUUGAGCAGCUGAAUCUGCCGCCAAGAGUCCAAGCCAUCUGGCCAAGCAUAUGCAUUGGGCCUUGGGUAAGGGAAUCCAGAAGCAACAGCUAGAAAGGGGAAAAAGUCCUCUUUAGCUCUCACGGCAAUUCUUUCCUCUUAAUGUCUCAAAAUGAAACUAGAAAGAGGAAUGAAAUGAUUAAGUGCUUGAGGCCAAAUGAGUUCCUUGAUUCAAAUAACCCAGAAGCAGAGGAAGUGACCUUGACCUAAGUCCUCUCCUCUCCUCUCUCUCUCCCUGUCUCUCUGUCUCUGUCUGUCUCUCAAACCUCUCUCUCUCUCUUCACUGUACCCAGGCAAUAUGGUUUGGUUUGUGGAUCCAGGAGGCUGGUCUAGACGGGGAGGAAAUGAACUUGAGUUUGGUUAUUUUGUAUAAGAUGCUACUGAGCACACUUCUUCAUGCACAACCCUCGGGCCUCUCUCAUGAUGUUCUGAAAUGUAUAGAUUGUUUUAGAAUUAUUUUGUGUGCUUCUCAACAUCCCAUUUUUUCAAUUUACUUGGAAUUUCCUUAGUUCUUAACAGGCUUGUGUUAUUUCCAACUCCUUCAGUACAAUAAAUA